AUGGACGUCUCGGGGUUGGACCAGAACUCGUUGCUCACGUGGUGCGAUGACCUCCACCAGGUCAAGAGCAACGUCUCGCAAGUGCAAGCCACGCUCAAUCUGAUCUUGCUCAAGACGCCUACCGCCAGCGACUACCGGCAGUUACUGGCGAUGUUGGAGACGGUUCCCGAGUCCACGGUGGCAGAACGGGCACGGCAGUUGCUCGCCACGCCCCAGGUCAAGGUCGGAGUGCGGCUCAAGCAGCUCUACGACGAGGGAGUGCUUCCGUUGUUGGUGGCGUUGGCAAGAAUCAACUUCAAGGCAGCAAAAACAGACAAGUACGUGGGGUACCUCCUCGACUACACGCCAGACGAGAUGCUGGUGGUGCUCGGGGACGAGGCCGGUGGUGGCAAGGCGCAGGAGCCGGCGCUGGAGCUGAAACCGGACCUGGAGUCGUACCCUCCCGUGCUCCCACCCAUCGCCAACGACUCGCUCCUCAUCCGCGUCCUCACUGACAAGUCGUACCGCCACCCGCUGGACUUGUUGGGGCUGGUCAACUUCUCGCGAGCCCACAACGCCAAAUUGGCUGUUAAAGGCUCUGCUGCAGUGGAGCUGGCGGUGUUGGACCACUUGGACGACACCUUCCCCCAUCUCGACGAGCACGAGCUCUACGUGAUGGCCCACCGCGCCAUGGCCCCCGAGAUCUUGGCCAAAUUUGCAUUGGGCUACAACUUGAUCGAUAACUACAAGUACCACUUGUCCAAAGACAUCUCGUGGGCCCAGAAAAUCCGCCUCUUUGCCAACGUUUUUUUGGCCUACGUGGCAGGCUUGGCUGAGGACGGCUACUCGGCCGUCGAGAUCAAGACCUGGCUCCGCCGCCUCUACCAGCCGGUGCUCACGGACCUUGGUGUGCUGGCUCCACCCCAGCCCGUGGCCGUCGUGGCUAUGAAGCAGUUGGAAUUGCUCUUCAAGCAGGUCACCAGUCUUUACAACGUCCAACCCGACAAACUAGCAGUGGAGUUCGUCCAGCUCGAGCUGGACCCGUUUGUGGCCCAGCUCCAGAUCAACGGCAAGUCCUACACUUUGGGCACCAGCAGCACCAGCUUCGACGACGCCAAAGAGAAGGCAGCAGCCGCUCUUUUUGCAGACCAGAACAAGGUCAAGUCCAUGAUGGAGACUUUGAUCAACGGAUACAGCUCCACCAUCAAGGCCCAGCCCGAUCCCCACCAAGCGGCCCCUGCUUCAGUACAAAUGGCUGCGAAUAUGUACCAGGACCACGGCGGUGCGGGCUCCAAGCCCGCUGGCCCUGCGGCUCUGGCUCCCACACCACAGCCCUACAGUGCCUUUCCACCGCAGCCGUACGGGUUGCUUCCUGAUCCUAGCUUCCGGUCAGGACUCGACAACAACGCCAAAAAUACAUUGUAUGCGCUUUUGGGACAGAAGCGCAUGGCUCCAGUAUACAAGUAUCACCGUGCUGGCAAUGAGUUCCAAGCCUCGGUGCUGGCAAAUGAAACGGUGUUGGGAGUGGGAUACGACAUCAACAAGCGGUUGGCCAGUCAAAAGGCGGCCAUGAAUGCGCUCAGCAACGAAACCUUAUUGGCGUCAUUGGGACUGAAUGGUUCGGAACAGGACCAGACCAGUACCUAG